AAUUGCUGUUUCACUUAUUGCCUUACUAGCACUGCGCUCUAACUGUAUAUAAUAUAGCCUUUUAUAUACAGGAAAAGCGAAAACUAACUUUAGCGAGCGCUAAAAAGCACGGACAAUAAAUAAACGAGCGCUUAAUUUUGUAAAGCGCGCGCUUACAACUCUAAAACAACAAAAACAACUAAAAGUUUUAAAUUUGCGAAAUAACAGCUGAAAAAGAAGGGGGGUGGGGGUUAAAUAAACUAGAGUACAGCGCAAAAAAAAACGGUAAUUUUAAUUUAACUUUUAAUUUCAACAACUCGGCGCCAGGUGUGCGCUCGGAGAACUUUCGCGCUAUCACGACUGACGCUACUAAUUACAACAAUUUAUUUCACAUUUCAUUGCAGAUACACUGGCAGCGGCAGAUAGCCAAGAGCGCGGGAAAGCAACAACAAAAAAAAUAAGAGUAAAUAACAACUGCAACAACAACAAGACCCAAACAUAAAAUACCAACGUGAUGGCAUGUCUACAAAAACAACAAGUGCAAGCAACAGCACACAGUGACACGUCGUAAUGAUGUUGCUUUAUGCCAAAACAAGCGCAAGCAACCACAACAACAACAAUAAUAACAACAACAGCAGCAGCCGCAGUAAACACUACCAGAUAACAAGCGACAUUAAAAACCAGUAACAGGCACUUGACAUUUUUAAAAUGUAAUCAAGCGUCAACGAGCACAAAGCGCACGCUGCCACUGACACAUUGCCUGACAUACAUUUAGGCGCACAUACAAGCGCUUGCUUUCACGCUUUUUGCCGCGCGUCCAUUUGCGCAUUUUACGAGCGUUUGCCAUAAGCAAAUUAACAACAAAUGCGAAGUAGGUGUGGAAGAGGUUGAAAAUGAAGAAAGCGGAAACGAACAAGCAGAAGGAAUAGUAGUAGAAUUCGAAGAAACAGCAGACAAAAGAUACAACAACAAGUAGCAAAUACGGAUAACAAGAAAGCGCACAGCUGCCGCCUAAGAGGCAUGAAAACGACACGAGGAAAUAAAAUUUGAAUAGACAACAGCCAAGUGGACGUGAGUGCGCGCCUAAAAGCAGACACGACUGCUGCUUCCCCAGGCGACCUAAUUCAAUUGCUGGCGCGUUGAAUAACUGGACGUGAAGGUGACAAGACAAAAGCGCUAAAAUAGAAAAGAUACCAACAACAACAACAAAACUACGCUUACACAAAAGAGUAAAAAGCGAGCUGAAAUGCAAAUGUAAACAAGUUGAUGCGCAAAUGCCUGUCAGCUGGAAUUUUUGCAAAUAAAUAGCGUCGUUAUAUAUUCCCAACUACAACAACAACAAAAUUAUUUAUAAUUUCAAAGCACAAAUUUAUCUACUUUACCGCGCUUUGGCAGUGAAAGCGUGGAACGUGACACAAAUUUGCAGCGGACAAGGCGCUGGGUAUUCCAACAAGCUACGCGCCGGAAUUUCCUGCAUACCUGUCACAAAAAACCGUUAUUACAACAAAUAAGGGGUGAAGAAAAGCAUAGAAAAUAUUCUACAAUAAAAUGUACCAAAAGUAAAUGCGAGUGAAAAAAGUUAUUUGUGUAUGUUAAUGAUUGUGUCAAUAACUUGGUGAAUAUUUGUUGCAUACAUUUAGGAGCGCGCAUAAAAAAGUGGCACGGCAGAAGGAAUGACGGUCAAUGAGAGCAUUUUUUAAGGUGUAGCAUACUUUUGUGCUGAUUUAAAAUAACGCAUUAAUAAAGAAACAUAUUCUUAGGCGUUUAAGUUACGCGUUAGCAACAAGAAAAUUAAAAAAAAUUUAAAAUAAAGAUAAAAAAGUGCAGCAUACAUUUUAGCGCAAAAGCUUAAAAUAUAUAUAUGUCAGAUCCUUUACAGUGAAACCGAAAGCUAGAAAAAAUUACAGUGCAGCCUCCAUUUAGGAGCUUAAACAAAUAUCAACAGUGAAUAAAGCACAAAAAGCAUUGCUUAACAAAAAUUUAGUAUACCUUUAGGCAUUAAAUAAAUAAAAAUUUUAAAAGUACAAGUAAAUACAAGUUCUAGAAAAAAGUAAAAAAAAAAACAUUAAAUAUAAAAUAUUUCAUCAAAAAGACCUAACAAAUUAAAAUAAAACAACACCAUACUGCUUAUUAGGCUCACACAAAAUGGUGCCGAAUUGUAGAACGCGAAGAAAAAACUACGCCAACAGCCGAGCUGCCAGUCUUCUGCUGCUUAGAAGAGCGCGCAUAGCAGACAUGUUGCCAGCACUCUUGAGCAUCACUCUGAUCGCUGCCAAUAUUGGCAACGCAGCGGCGAAGAUGGACACCGAACUCUUACAGGACGAUGAGCUGCUGAUGCAGGCGCCAAAAUCCGCGCAAGUCGAAGCACUCGAACCACAAAUCAGUCAAGUAGGCAACGAGGACUCAAAUGAACAUUACAAUCUAUAUCGCAGUGAGUUGAAACGACUUUCCUACGAGACCAUACAUCGGAUAUUACGUGAUGAAAAUGAACCGAUCUAUAGACGCGCGGAUGCGUCCUAUCGCUAUUAUAAGAAGCGUGCAUAUCAGCCGACACACGCGGUGGUACGACGUGCGAUUGCGGCAACGUCGGUGAACAAUGACGCGCCGCAGCCACAGGGUGUGACGCAGCAGACAGCGGUACAACACGCGUUAAGAAUCACAAAUGCCCAAUUGCGCCACUACGAUGCAGCACGCGAUUAUCAUGGCAAUCACAGCGCCAUUAAUACGCUCGAUUUGAGCAACAAUCUGCUGCAAGAUGUGAACUUGAGCGCGUUUACGGCGCUACAGCAAGCGGAACUGGCCAACAACUCACUCACCACAAUACCACUCAAUCAGCGCGACGCAGCGUCAAGCAACAUUGUAUCACUCAAUCUGAAUGACAAUCAAAUUGUGCACGCAACAGCAGUGAGUAGCGCCAACUUACGAGAGCUGCACUUGAGCGGCAAUCAAAUCACGCAAUUAGCGCAUCUCAAUCUCUCCAUGUUGAGCGCACUGGAAACACUUGAUUUGUCGUGCAAUCAAAUUUCCGAGCUCGAGACGGCGUUCUUUCCACAGCGCAUGCACUUUCUGAAGCACCUCAAUUUGGCUUACAACCGCAUUGGCACUAUCUACCGUGAGACUUUCUACAAUUUGCUCAGCUUGAACACGCUGCUACUGAGUCACAACAACAUUAGUGAUAUAGAUUAUGAGACCUUUCUGGCAUUGCCGAAUCUACAGUUUUUGGAUUUGUCGCACAAUCAGUUGCGUGGCGAAGCUAUACGUGCGCUCCAAGGUAUACCAGACUUGGUGCGUCUUUCGAUUGCUUACAAUCCCGAGGUGGGCGCAGCUAUGCAGGAGUUUGUCGCGUCAUGGAGCUUGAAAGAAUUGGAUGCAAGCGGUACGGGCUUGUGUCAGAUACCGGCGGCCUUGGCACAGUCGGUGAGAACGCUUAAGCUGACCGACAACUGGCUGAAGAUUAUCAAUUGCGGUGACUUGGAUAGCUACCCGUUGCUGCAGUAUCUCGACCUCUCGCACAGUCGCAUCGAAGAUAUUGAAGACGAUGCGCUUGGCCGCUUGGAGAUACUCGAAACGCUCUUCCUCGACCACAAUCGCCUGCGCAAAGUGCCCGUCAGCCUGCCCACCUCGCUGGAGCAUCUCUUCUUGCAGCACAAUGAAAUCAUGGAUUUGCAAGCGCAAACCUUCCAAGGACUCAAUAAUCUGCAAACGCUGGAUCUCUCGGGCAAUAAACUGCUCUAUUUGCCAGCGCUGCCGUUGCCCAAAUUGCUGACACUCAAUUUACGCGCGGCCGGCUUGCGGGGCGUCAGCCAGGCCAUGGUGCACACGUUGCCGCGUUUGCGUGACCUGCUGCUCGAUGAGAAUCCAAUUAAGUGCAGCGAUUUGCUGAGCAUUGCCGAGUGGGCGACUCCGUGUAGGAUUGUGGAACGCAACGGCCCAGCUGACAGCAGCAACAUUACGGCAGAGGAGAGCUAUAAUAUCGAGCGCAAUAGUAUUAUGGGCGAUUUGGGUGAGGAGCAGCAGCAGCAGCAGCAGCAGCAACAACUGGACGGCGAUAAUCGCAUUGGCAGCAUUGACGACGGCGAGGAACAAGUAAUUGCCCUGAGUGCAAGUGCAGCUAAACUGGGUCAGCAAAAACGCGAUGAAGCUGCGGCGACGGCGGAGGCCACGGAUGCGGCGGAGGCAGCCACAAAUAUCGAAUUGAAGCAGAAGUUUGUGCGGAUGCACAAUUUUUUCGAAAAGUUUAAGAGUAAUUGCAACGUCAAAAGACAAACGGCUGUACGCGCGCCAGCGCCCGCAUCCACGCCCACACCCGAUUGUGCUGUUGAGUGGGAGGCAAGCGGCGAGCAGUCGUCGACCAGCGAGCUCACAUUCAAUUUGCCAAACGAAUUGCGAGCGCAAAGCGAGAAAUUAAAUGUGAAAGCAACCGCAACAGCAACAACAACAACAAGUAUGCCAAGGCAGGAUGCGAUUGGUGAAACUAUGAGCAGCAGCGCGCAGGCGAAGGCCAAAGAGGGCGCGCCGCGCCAGAAGAAGUCUAAGAAGGAGGUGAAGAAUGUUAAAGCUGAGAUGAAACUUUUCAAGUUUAAUCAAAAGAAUUUUACGCCUGAAAUGGCAGAAAGUUCAGAGGCAACAACAAAAAAUAUGAAAACAACAACAGCAGAUGGUACAACAGCAACGCUUGCAACCAGCGGAACGGAAGCACCAUUUGAUUAUAAGACACAAGUCUCUAAAACAACCGCAACAGCAACAACAACUACAACAAGACUUCCAACAAUAAUAAGAACCAGAGCAACAACAACACAAACAACAAGAUUCCCAACAACAAUAAGGACAACAGCAACAACAAAAUUUCCAAUAACAGCAAAACACACAACAACAGAGCUUCCAAUAACAACAACAGUGAAACCAACAACAACAAGAAAAAUUACAACAACAAAUGAGCACGUAAACUUAACGCUACGAACCACAAGGGGCGAAAGCGGCAUUACCGCAGCUACAACAACCACAACGGAAAACCAAACAACAGCUGAGGCAACUACAACACCGGCAGUGGUAGAAACUUUGCGGCAACUUGCAACUGUUGCAACAGGAAGUGGUGCGGCAAACAUUGCCAAUUUAUUGAGACAACAAAUUACUGCAACAACAGUGCCUGCGUUGGUAGUAAACGGCAGCACAACAACAAGUAUACUAAAAACGUUACCAACAACAACAACAGUGACAAACAUAGCUGCAGCACCCAGAGUAGGAGCAAAAACUAUGCUUCUUGCAACGUUGCAAGACCCAGAUAGCGACGUUGAAGCGAGUGAUGCACAAACAAUAACAACAACAACAAACGUGUUAAAUGCUAAACUGACAGCGACGUCAUCAUUAAAUAAUACCAAAGAGAUUUCCGUUAACGAAAAACAGCAGCGACUAGAUAAUGCAGCUGCAACAGCUGCAACUACAACAAAUAGUGCUGAUGUUGCAACUUCAUUGGAAAUGGCAAAAAAUGCCAGCACAGCAAGAACAGCACAACAGCUGUCGGAGCGAACUUCAGCAACGCCAACAACUGAAACCAGCAACGACAAUACUUACAUGAAGACAACAAAAGCAACGCCAACAACAACAACAAUUUUACAAACAGCAACUACAAGCACUAAACUUGUAGCAGCAAGAUACUUACAAAUGAAACGCUCACAAGCCGUGUCAGGCGCACGAGCAACGCAUGCAACAAAACGUGUUGCAGCAACAAAGUUGAUAAACGCGGACGAAGCAACAUUUGGAGAAAUGAGGGUUGGCGCGUUGCAAACAGGUCAGAGUGAAGCGGCAAAAAGUGAAUUGACAACACAAAAGGCAGCACUGUUAGUAGAAACAACAACAGCAAAGGUUAUGCCAACAACACAACAACUGUCAGAGGCAACAAUACAGACAAAGUCAGUGACCAAACAGAAAGUAGAUAACAAUUUAACUCGAAAUGACAGCGACAAUGACGGCCAUAAAGUGCAGGCAAACAAACAAGAAGCGGCGGCGGAAGAGGAGGAGGAGGACAAGGAACAGAACAUGAUAGCGGCAGCAACAACACUGGCAGUAAACGAAUUGGCAAAGCCAAAGACAACACAAUUUUGGCAGCAACAUAAUUUUAAACGGGCAAAUCCGUAUCCAAACGACAUUUCCGGUCAGCGACGGCACUCGGCGGAGGAGCCGGGUGUGGCAGCUGGAAGCACUACUGAGCACAACAUAAAAAUAGAGACCAUAAUGCAACCAACAACAAGCGGCACACAUGCGCCAACACACAAACACGAGCCGCUACAACUGCACAUACGAGAUCGACAUUUAAUUGGAACACCGCUGCUCAUGCACCGCGGCCAAAAUAUGCUGGUGGAGGCGGCCGAGGUGCUUAAGCAAACCACUGUGACGGUAAAGUCAACAACAACAACCACAACACCAACACUAAAACUCAGCAAAGCAAGCACUUUGAAGAUAACAAACGAGCCAGCUUUGGCCAAAAGCCAGCCAACGGAAGCCGAACAUCAAGAGUACAGUCACCCCAGCGUGGAGCAAGCAGUGGCGGAGCAGCAGAAGAGUGCAGUGCAGGCACAUCAGCAGUCGAAUAACUUCACUCAUACAGAGCGCUCACAAGCGGAAGCAAUAAACGUGCAGACAAAUGUGACGCCAGGGCUUGGGAUUGGCGGCGCGGAGAUCGAGGGCAAACAGCAGCAGCAUAACGAUAGUCCUGCAGAUAAGCAAAUGUUGGCAGGAAAAGCAGUGAAUACAAGCAAAACAACAACAACAGCAAAGUGGAUAGAGACCACCGCCGCAACCACAACAGAUAACAUAAACAACGAACAGCAUAAAGUAAAAGCUAGUGGAGCGAACAGCAGUGGCAGGCGGCAUGAGCUGGAGCGCAAAGCGUUGCCAAGGAAACACGACGAUAUUGGCGGUGGUGGCAGCGGGGGCGGCAGACGCAAACCCACUUUGAUUAUGAAGAAAAUGACCAUACAGACACAGCACACCAAACACACACAGACGCCACAUCAGCAGGCACACUACAUGCUCAAUACGCCGCGCGAAAAUGAAGCUGUGUUACGCGACCGCAGCGUUGCGGCUGCAGCAGGUAUACCACACGCGCUGGCGGGUAAACUUUUAAAAGCGAAUAGCGAGGCAGCAGCAAAUGGCAUUACACACAACUGGUUUGAAAGCGGCAGUGAGCUAGCGGAAUUUGCGGCAACGCAUAACAUAGCGCAACAUAAGCAUAGCACCGUUAACACGCCCAUCAUUAGAGAUGAUAAUCACGCGCAUUUGCUCGCCGCCAUGGAUGAGGUGGCUGCGCUGCAAAAUUUGGAUGCGCCCACAGCACAGCACUCGAUCAGUAGUCCGCGGCGCGACCACGAGCCACUGCAAGUACAAGAGCGCGCCGCCCUACACUCACAGCGACAACAAUGGUUGGAUGUGCGCGAAGUGGGUAGCGGCACAACACAUCCAGGCAUUGUGCUGUUACUCUCCUUUUCACUGCUUGCCGUGCUCUUAAUCGGACUGAUGCAUGUCUAUCGCUGUGAUGUGUUGCCAUGGCGGCGACAUCUGCUGUCACAUCAACAGCGACCACAUUUGCAGCGCCAAUUCAACGGCGGCGCCGAUGAUGACGCGCACAGCUUCUUGCAUUAUCACAACAAUGGUGAGGGGCAACAGCAACAGCAACGCGCACAACAACCGCCGCGCUGGCAUCAUGGCGAGCGCACACGCGCAAACUACAGUUCACCCUUGCACAACUUACAUGUGCGCGAGCUGCAAAAGACAUCCGCCGUGGAAGUGGAGGCGGCAACGCGCAUCACGCGCAGCUAUUAUGACGUACGGCCAUUUGAAAAGUCCACUGCGGCCGCGCGUCGUCACGGUAGCGCUGGCAGCAAUGCGAGCGGUGGCAGUGGUGGGAUGUCGCGCAACAGCAGCAGCAGCCUGAGUAGCACACGUUCGUCCUCGACAGCGGGCAGUAUGGAGGCGGAUGAUGCUUUCUAUGUGGAAAUGGCAGCAGAGUGCGGUCAGCUGGGUGGUUGUGUGAGCGCGAAUGAUGCCUUACACAGUGACAUGUUGCCAAUGGAGUUGUUGACAGUUACAGCGGCGUGCAAGCGCAAUGAUGAAUGCAAUGCCGACACAGCGUUGCAUGAAGCUGUGAGCCAGCGCGCGGCGGAUGCCAAUAUCGAUAUUGAGCGGAAUACAGUGAUAGGUGAAAAGCAAGCAUACAAAACGCAGUCAUGUGCUGGCAAUGGCGCGCCGUUAAUCAAUGACAGGCGAAGAAAAGUGAGUGCCAAAACAGCAACAGCGUCAUCAUCUACACGUAAAUUCGAUCUGUGGUGACAGGCGAUGUUCCAGCGACAGUAUGCGCCUUUCCAAUAAAUUUCAGCAAUGGAGAAAGUGCGACCAACGCGCGACAGAGUACGAGAGAGAGAGUGGACAUAUGUGAAUGAGAGCAAAGGCCUAAACAAAACAAGCAAAUAACACUUGAUAAGCCAGUGAAGCACUGACACCUGUCAGUUGACAGCUGACAGCUGACAACUGUAAUUGAAACGUAAUAAGUAGCAAAAAAUUGUGAAUGUUUAAAUUGGCGUUACUUGAAGGACGUUCUAAUGUAAGUACAUAAUUUAGACAAAGUGUUAGUGAUAGCCUGUUGUAUAGCAGUUAGUAUAGGAAACAAUUUAGGAUAUGUUAGUUUGAAAGUAUAGUGCGUAAAAAUGAUUAACAAAUAAUAACAAUGAAGAAUGUUUGUAGCAAUAGAAAACUUAUUUUAAGUCAAAACAUAAAAGAAAAAAUAAAAAAUGGUCGCAAAGUAAACUUCCAAUUGCCAAAAAGUUAUUUUCAAGAACAUCAACUUGGAAAAUAAACACAAUGUAAAUAUAAAUAUCUAAAAAUAAUUGAAUUCAAAAUCUUUAAAAUGAAUUGCAGGUAAAUUUUAGUAAAAAUUUGUUUCAUUAUUUUCACACUAAAUGUUUGAACUAGAAAUAUAAAGUUAAACAAAUAAUAUUAUAAGAAUAAUAAUAAGAUGUGUCAGAAAAUGGACACAGGUCGGUCUGUCACCAAAACACUAAAGCAAAAAUUAGUGCAGUUUUGUUAAAUACCGUUAAAGACUUGAGAGCAAUUGGGUUAAGUUUUUUUAACACAAAAAAAAAUUAAAAAAUCUGACAAAAUAUUUCCAAAAUGUAAAAAGUAUGCUUAGAACGCCUUCCUAAAUUCUAUUCUAACAUCAAGAAAACAUGCAAAAAUGUGACCGCGUUGCCAAAGUAUGCAAGCCAUCUUGUGUAGAAGUCAAUAUAUAACAGGUUUUUCAAUAGGGAUGUUACAAAAUAGACCGAUAGAAACAGCAAACGACGCCAUAUUUUUCGCGCUCCUUUGACAUUUCUCUUCACUGAUGUUUGCCAUUUUAUCAUGGAAAGUUUACGAUCCAACAACGAGUCGAAAUUAUUUAAAUUUAUUACAGAAAUUUGGAGGCAGUGGCCUCAAUUUUAGGAGUUAUCACGCUCGGUUAGAUCUUUCAGCAGUAACUUGUUGUGUCCAGAUCCAUUUUUAAGCCGAAAAAUGAAAACGUUCUACGAAAAUUUUAAAACAUCGUAAAGAAUUUAAAAGAAUAAUUUGAAAAUAGGCUUUUCAGAAAUUAACGUUGGCUCCCGCUAGAUGGGAUAACAUCGUUGUUCACCAGUAGCGGAUGUAGAAUUUCUUACUAGGGGAGUUUUCUUUUCAAUAUACAUAUGUAUUUUGUCAAUUUGACGCUCAAAACGCGAUCGUGAAUCUGCCACUGGCUGUGACUCACUCUAAAUUCGUGCUUGGUUCUGCUAAGUCUAAAAAUUAUGAACUGAGUUGGUAUGGCUUAGUCUUCGGACAAAGUAUUUCUGAUACGAAGGAAGUCAUCAAAACUUUAAUAAUUGCGGAAGUGAUUAUUUUGAUUAUAUCAAUAUAAAUAACACAUUAUGGAAGGAACGAAAUAAUUGAGAUUGUAUGAAAUUCAAGGUUACAAUGGCUGUCACGCCACACAGAGACCUAUCGGUUAACUGUAAUAUCAAAUGGAGUUUCAGUUUAACUCGAACUGAAGCACUGCUCAUACAGAACGCCAGCGCUUUUUGCAUAGUUCAAGAGCGCCUCGGUAUAUAACUUUGAUAUUUCAUCUAGUCCUUUGAACACUAAGAUAUCUAAGACGAGUUCUAGAUAAGGCCGAACAGAAGCAGAGGUUCCAACGGUAGGCCCAGAAAACGUGCUCCUUCGGAGAGGUAGGACCAAAGGAAAAAGGGUGUCAGAUGUGCAGAGUGUCCCUGCUUAUUCAGAAAGCAUGUGAUGCCUGUAAGUUCUGACCUGUUACUAGACACACAACCAUUCCACAGUCUUUUUGAGACCGUAUGAAUAAAACGUAUGAGUACUUCUAUUCGAUUCCCUUGUACAUGAGUGUGAAAUCCAAAUUAUUAUGAGUUUUAUAUACAUUUUUACGGUCGAUCUGAAUUAUAUGCUAGAAACCAAAAGUUGCAAAUCUACACUGAUUCUCUUAACUGCUUAAAAAUAAGCAUCAGAUACUUUUCGCAGCUCUAUUUCUUCUCUCUUCCUUCCAUUGAAAUGAUUUUCAAGAGCUUUGUGCGAUCUCUUCGUCCACAGAAUACUAAACACCUUAAACUAUUCGUUUAUAAGAAAUGAAAAGCAAAACUCCAUGAUUAUAAUGAACAUAAACUUUUUGAUUGAAAUGCUAGGCUCUUUAGACUCAGUCGGACUGAUUUAAAGAACCAUGAUUUCAAGAGUUUUUUUAAUUGGGGGGUAUUUUUUACGUGGCGGGUCCCCAACCCAGCACACGACCUAGAAAAGGGGUGAGUUUCGGCAAUAAAGAAGUAGAUUUCAUGUGUUAGAGAAAAAUCUCGGUCGACGGUCUCAAUCGAAUACAACUUGAUCCCACAGCAGACUUCAAACAUUCAGUGAAAUUGAGCCACCUAAACAUUUCUCCUAAAAACAAGCCAACCAUCCCUGAUUUCGAACAAUCACUGAUUAAUGAAGCUUCGCCAUAACCUAUAAAAUGAAGAAGACAAUUCAUUCGCUUCACAGGACGAAGCAUUCAACCAAAAGUAAUAAAAAAUACAAAUCUGCCAUGAAUCUACUAUCAAAAAGGCUAAUCAAAUAAAUCAAAGCCACGGCUAUUCCACCAAACGACCAACCACAAACCGUACAUUUGGGUGCGACAAAAUAGUUUACUGCACAUAAACAAAAUCGCAAAAUGAUGAGAGGAACGCGUGAAAAAAACUACAACAACAACAGCUGGAAAUAGUCUGCUACAACAACAACAGCUGGUUAGACUCCGCAUUGUCAGCUGGAAAAAAGCUGAACCCACAGCGCUUGAAAAACUGCGCCACUUUGGUCAGCCACCUCCACAGCGCUCUCUAAACACCUACAAAACGUUGGACCAGUAUAUGAAUGAGUCAACAAACGUUUCGCACAUAAAAUUGUCUCUGAAGUGCGCUGCUGCUUUGGUCAACUGAUUUAUAGUUUUGUAUGCGUUUCACGUACAGCAACAAUUUGUCAUAAACUUUCAUAUUUUCGCUUUCUUGUUUGCUAUAUUCUCUUUUCCUUUGACUGACCUAGUUGUUUUUGUUGAUGUUGCACUCUUACUUGUUUUAUCAGUCACUUUCUCUAUUUGAAUCUAGCUGCCACAAGCUACAUCAGUUGCUUUGCACAUCAAUAAGUGCUUUAGGUGUGUGUGUGAAUGUGUGUGUAUGACGCGCUUCAGAAUUUAUGGUUUAUUCUUAUGACUUUAUGUGAUUCCCGGCGUAUUAUUGCAGUGCCGGAUUUGCCAUUUAUGGGUCAUUUUGGCGAGCUUAGCCUUAAGCGAUUCCCCAGCAGUUUAAAUCAUUUGGAGCAUUAUGGUAGCAUUACUACGGACUUGCUGGUGGCAAGCAAUCUUUUAAGUGUGGCGUGUGUGUAAGUAAUGUCAAUUAUUUUAGGUUUCUGCGAAAAGUUCUCAGAACGUUGAUUAUCGCUUUAAGAAAAUCGGUAUUUGGAAAGUUUUAGGAUCUCCGCUCUUACUUUUUUAACAUCUUUCACUUGGUACUGAAUUUAAGCUAAUCCUAGAGAAUAUAAAUGUAAAAAAAUGCUUUGAC